AUGAAUCUACUUGUAACAUUUGGUUGUGCUUUAUUAGCUGCUAUUGUUAAUGCUGCUUAUACCUCGGUGUUCGACGCCCUUCGGACGUCACUUGGUGCCGAGGGAAACAAUUAUGACCUUACCCACUUAUAUGAGGAUUGCGCUAACGACGUGAACGGACCUUGGUUCUCACCAACUGCGGCAGGCAUUGCUGCCACCGGUCUUGUUGUUGGUGGUCGCCUAGGUUGGUUCGCGUACAGGAAAUGGAAUCGUUUCGGCAAAGAAACUGAGGAAGCUGACCAGGACCACAAAACGAACAUGACGAACGCCCAAACCCAGGUUUCCCUAGAACAUCUGGAACAACCGGAACCUGACCACGAGCGGGAUGUGGAGGAACACCAGGAAACCGACAAGAGGAACGUCGAAACCCAGGUGUGUCUAGAACAUCUCGGUCAACCACAACAUGAUAACGAACCAGGCGAUGAAACAGAAAAAUCUAAAUUGGCAGAAAUCAUGCGUCUUCAAGAGGAACUGCUUGAGGGAAAGAAGCAGUUAGAGCAAGAAUUGAGAGAUGCUGCCUAUCAAAGAAACAGGAUGGAGGAGUGUCUGGAAGAGGCACAAGAAGAAGUCCUGGUUUUGAAGGACGAAAUGAUGGCGAUGGAAUAUGAGAACGAGCUGAGGUUAAAACAAAAAGAAAAUGAAAAUGCGGCUGUCAAAGACGCCAUGGAGGUGGCUUUAGACCAGCAGCGUAGAACAAAUAACCUCUUGAAAGAGGCAGAGGCCCAGAACGAGGUUUUACAACGUCGCCUAAUGGAAAAAGAAGAGUUGUUAAAGCAGAAAAAAGACGAGCUACAACGGAAAAAUGAACUCUCGAGAAAGGAGGAAGAGCUGAACGCGCUCUUGAGAGAAGUCACCCAGAAGGAAAGAGACUUCGAUUUGUACAUGAGAAAUUCUAAGAAGGAUCUGGAACAGAGAGAAAAAAAUCUCUCCCAAAAAGGAAAGGAGCUUGACAAGAAAUUCUCCAAUUUACAACAGGCAAAGAAGGACAUUAAAAGCGAAGAAAAGAAAGCAGGAAAGGCAGGACAAUCGGCCCUGGAGAAGGAAAAAGUCCUACAGAAAUUGGAGAAUGAGCUAAAGAAGAGGGAAAGAGAUGUCCUCGAUAAAGAAAAGAACCUCCUCCAAUUAGAAGAAAAGUUGCGAGGUAAAGAAGAAGCCGUCCUCACACUGAAAAAUAAUGUUAUGAAGCUCGAUGAAGAGUUGCAAGCCAAAGAAGAGGCUGUCAUCGAAACUCAGAAUAAUCUGUUGAGAUUCGAUGAGAAACUACAGGCGAGAGAAGAUGAACUGGUGGCGAAAGAAGAAUCCGUCAGCCACCAAGAAUCUGUUCUGAUGGAAUUCGAUCAGAAAUUAAAGGAAAGAGAAGAAGGACUAGUAGCAAAGGAAGAGUCCACCUGCCAGCAAGAAUCUGUUCUAAUGGAAUUCGAUCAGAAAUUAAAGAAAAGAGAAGAAGAACUGGUGGCCAAGGAAGAGUCCAUCCGCCACCAGGAAUCUGUUCUGAUGGAAUUUGAUCAGAAAUUAAAGGAUAGAGAACAAGAACUGUUGAGAAAAGAAGAGACCGUCUGUCACCCAGAAAUAGAAGAGGACUUACAAGGGGAAAGGCAGCUCCUUCAAAACGAGGCAAGUUCAGUAUUAGACGAUGGGUUACCCGAAGAAGGUGAACCCAAAGAAACUUGUGAGACACCCCCAGCCGAUGAGGACAAAAUUCUACUUGCUGGGGAAGAAGAAGAAAACGAAGUCACCGAAAUCUCAAUUGCCGAUCCCCACACUUCACUGAAUGAAGUGGAGAAUGUAAAAGAAGAAAGCCUCAAAGAGAGAAAGGGGAAAGGAAGGAAAAAUAGACGCAGAAAGAGGCAGGAGAGACAGCGAGAGCGUUUUGAGGAGAAAAGUCCAGUGUUAGACGAUUGGUUACCCAAAGAAGGUGAAUCCAAAGAAAGUUGUGAGACACCCCAAGUUGAUGAGGACAGAAUUCUACCUACUUCACUGAAUGAAGUGGAGAAUGUGAAAGAAGAAUGCCUCAGAGAGAAGGUGAAAGGAAGGAAAAAUAGACGCAGAAAGAGGCAGGAGAGACAGCAAGAGCGUUUUAAGGAGAAAAGUCCAGUGUUAGGCAAUGGGUUACCCGAAGAAGGUGAGCCCAAAGAAAGUUGUGAGACACCCCCAGUCGAUGAGAACAGAAAUCUACCUACUUCACUGAAUGAAGUGGAGAAUGUGAAAGAAGAACGCCUCAGAGAGAAGAAAGGGAAAGAAAGGAAAAAUAGACACAGAAAGAGGCAGGAGAGACAGCAAGUGCAUCUUGAGAAGGAAAACACUGUUGUUUCAGAAGCAGCCGCCAGACCUGAAGUAGAAGACAGUGAACCCGAAGGAGGAGGAUUUGGAAGUCCAAACCUUUCAAAUGAGGACGCUGGGAAGGUCGACGUGGAAAUGGCCCAACUAUCCAUUGCCAAUCCCAUCAACAUCAUCUAUGAUGUGGAACAAUUGGAAGAAGAAUGGAUAGAAGAGGAGAAGAAAGGAAAACGGAGAAACAGAAGGAGAAAGAGGCAGCGAGACCAGAGUGAAGAUUAUGCGCCUGUGAUCAGUGAACCUGAAUCAGGAGUUGCAGAAAAUUCAAUAAUAGAGGACACUGUAGAAAUGGAAGACAACAACGAAUCACACAAUGACAGCGAAGAAUCAAAGUAUUGGGAAGACUCAGAAGAUGAGGAGUUCUCAGAAGAGCAAGAUGAGGAGGACGAGGAUGACUCGGAAGAAGAGGAUGAAGAGGACUCUGAAGAGAAUGAGGAGGACUCUGAAGAUGAUGAGGAGGACUCUGAAGAUGAUGAGGAGGACUCUGAAGAUGAUGAGGAGGACUCUGAAGAUGAUGAGGAGGACUCUGAAGAUGAUGAGGAGGACUUUGAACAAGAUGAGGAGGAUGAGGAGGACUUAGAAGAAGAUGAGGAGGAUGUGGAGGAAUCAGAUCAAGAAGAGGAGGACUCAGAACAACACGAAGAGGAUGAGAACUCAGAACAUAUCAGGCCUAAAGCUAAAGCUCAGGCCCAAGAGUAUGUAUGGCGGAUUCCAGGGUUACCCAGGAAACGAAUUCCGGGACUACAGAAGAUGAAGCCGCCAAAUCCGCAAGCGAAAAAAUGCCGCAAGAAGACGAAGGAGCAAAAGAGCCAAAUGAAACAGGCUCGAAAACAACAAAUCCACCAAAAGGUUACGAGGAAUCAGUUCCAGCGAGGAGGAAACAGAUGGUGAGGGAUGGACAAGAGGUAAAAAGUCUGGUCCUGGACUUGGCUCGCGGGUGACAAAGCCUGGCUUUCUCCACAAUAGCAGGUGGAUGGACUACACCAACAGAGGCCAGCAACUGCCCUUCCCCACCAGGGCAGGCAGAUGGACUCCACCAGUGGGACCAAUGGCUGAUUCCCCCCAAUCAUCCAUUGACUCCAACUGAUGGAUUCCACCAGUGGGGCCAACAGCUAAUUCCCCCCAAUCAACUGUUGGCUUCCAUUGACGGACUCCAUCUACCUGUCCCAGUGAGUAAGGGUGCAUGUCUGACAGCUGAGGGAUGAGCCCUUCCACCUGCCUCAGUGGGGGAUGAUAUUUGCUCUUCCCACUGGGGCAACAGCAUGGGCCAAAGGCAUCCCUUUACCUCUGCGGCAGGCGGAUGGACUCUGCCCGCAGGGACCAAUGGUUGAGCUUCCCUACCAGGCAAGGCGGAUGGACUCUACCAGCGAGAACCAGUGGGUGCCCUACCCGCUGAGGCAGGACGGACUCUACCAGCGAGGGCCAGUGGGUGCCCUUCCCCGCCGAGGCAG